GCUGUCUGGGCCAUGCCCCCCUGGUGCUGCUGCUCCUCUUCUUCACACUCUUCACUGGGCUGCUGGUGGCCAUCCUUGUCCAAGUCUCCAAAAACCCCAGCUCCCAGAGGCAGGAGCAGUCCAAGCAGGACGAGAUCUCCCAGGACCUGUCCCAGCUGAAGGCUGCUGUGGAACGCCUGUGCCGCCCCUGUCCCUGGGAAUGGACAUUCUUCCAAGGAAACUGUUACUUCAUAUCGAACUCCCAGCGGAACUGGCACGACUCCAUCACCGCCUGCCAGGAAGUGGGGGCCCAGCUCGUCGUCAUCAAAAGUGCUGAGGAGCAGAACUUCCUACAGCUGCAGUCUUCCAGAAGUAACCGCUUCACCUGGAUGGGACUUUCAGACCUGAAUCAGGAAGGCACAUGGCAAUGGGUGGAUGGCUCACCGCUGUUGCCCAGCUUCAAGCAGUAUUGGAACAAAGGAGAGCCCAACAAUAUUGGGGAGGAAGACUGUGCGGAAUUUAGUGGCAAUGGCUGGAACGAUGACAAAUGUAAUCUUGCCAAAUUCUGGAUCUGCAAAAAGUCCGCGGCCUCCUGCUCCGGGGAUGAAGAACGGUUGCUCUCCCCAGCCCCUACCACCCCAAACUCCUCUCCUGAGUAGCAGAACUUCACCCACUUUUAAGCUACAGUUCCUUCUCUCCAUCCUGCGACCUUCACAAAAUCUCUGCGACUAUUCUCUGUCAGAUUCUUUCUCCUUUAGAAGGCUGGGUCCACAUUCUGUCCUUCUUAUC